UGACUUGGAGGACAACGAUUAUGGAACAAAUAGAACCCCGAAGAAUCAAGACUCAGCCAGCUAUAUAGGACAAGGUUGCUGUUUUAGUUAACUUAUCAACAAUGGACCUGAAAUUUAAAAUUGCUGAACAGAUAGAGACAGCAUAAACAAAACAAGCAGAGUUCAUAGGUAGCUUUGACUGAAAAGAAAAUGCUCCAUUGAGAAAAAUUAACAGAGGAUAGCAGAGAUUCUUCAUCUCCCCAUGAAGGAAUCAGGCCUUCUCAUCCUCUUUUUUUCCUUAUUCUUCCAUGUCAGAGCUCAAGAAAAAUCGGGAUCCGAUGCUUUCCUUCAUCCUCUCCAUCCCAGCAUCACUGUUGUUAUCGGAAUCCUCUCCAUUAUAUUCUCCAUAAUAUUUCUUCUACUUGCCUAUGCCAAAUUUUGUCAGGGUAAUAAUCCUGUUGAUGCUUCUAAUGAUGAUGAUCGAGUUGUUGUUCGAUCAUGGCCUCGAUUUUCCGGGAUUGACAGAACAGCUAUUGAAUCGCUCCCCUUUUUCAAGUUCUCUUCACUCAAGGGAUCAAAAGAAGGCCUGGAGUGUGCAGUUUGCUUAUCAAAAUUUGAUGAUGAAGAUGUUCUUCGACUUCUGCCUAGUUGCAAGCAUGCAUUCCACAUGAACUGCAUAGACCAGUGGCUUGAAAGUCACUCCAGCUGCCCUCUGUGCAGGAACAGGCUCGAUUCCAGAGACCUGAAGAAUUUUGCUUAUUCAAACAGCUUGAGAUUCCUGGAGAACCCUUCAAAUUUAUCAGAAGAUCCAAAUGUGGAGCUGUUUGUACGAAGGGAGCAGGACUAUCCAGGAUCACAUUCAUCAAGGUUUAACAUAGGAAGCAGCUUUCGAAAAAUUGAAGAAAACAAAGAGAUAUUAAUUCAAGAUGAUGACGGGAAAUUCUUGCAUAAGUUCAAGCACAAGAUCGUUGUCUCAGAUGUUGUAAUAAAGAACAGAUGGAGUGAUUUGAACCCUUCAGAUCUGUUGUCCUUGAGCUCCGAGAUGCUUAGUGUUAUGUCCAGCAACAGAUUCUCUUCAAUGAGGUCAAGCAGUGGAAGAUUCCAUGGUGAACAGAUUGAAAAGAUCAAAGAGGAUAUAGAAAGGAAGAGAACAUUCCAAUCAAAGUUCAGCAGAAUGGAGAGAAACAAUUCAGCUUCAAGUUCAGCCUUUUCUUCUGCUUCAAACAACGAACCUAAUACAUCAAAAGGCAUCAACCCAGCUGAGAAAAGAUCAGUGUCUGAGAUUACUGCCUUUUCAAGAUUCAGUCAAUUCAGUUCAAGAAACAGAACUCCACCUACUAGUAACAGCGAAAAUGAGGAGAGGAUUAGGACACUUUGGUUUCCAAUGGUUCGCCGAACAGUUCAGUGGUUUACAGGGGAAGAGAGGAAGUUGGAAAAAUCAGAGAAUCAUAAAAACUGCUUAGAUGUAUGAGAUUGAACGAGUUGGUGUUCUUGCAUAAACUUAAGCAAUUUAGAAAAUUUUCAAAGCUUUUCUGCAUAUGUACUAUGUUUUCUAUUACAGUAGCACUCCUAGGAUGCCUAAUGUCCCUCUGCAUUUGAUCCAACAAUCUAUACUAGAAUAAUUAACACAGGCUGUAAUU